UAUUUUUGAAAGUAACAGGGAGGAAGUGCCAUUAACUUUCUGCUUGUGAAAUACAGCAGUAAGGCCUGUCUGUUUUAACCAGCUAACAGAAGUAUUUGUUAGUUAUCAUGGAGUCCGAAGGACGGGAAACAGCAUGUAUAGUUAACGAUAUGUCAGAUAUGGUUGUCGUUGAUCUGGAUUCUACAGUUACAGCAGAGCUGGAAACAGAAGAGGAGGAGGCCCGUAAUGUGUUGGACGUAACUCAAGCCCUGUUUCAGAACGAAGACGAUGAAAGACAGAAGGAUGAGGAUGAUGACAGUGGCACAGACCACUGUAACAGUGAAAAGUCUGGGACCCAGCUGCAGAGAUGUGAGCGACACAAAGGAGGGAGCUCCACGCUUCCCGACACCUUCCAGACCAGCAACCUGUUAUUCUAUGAGAGGUUUAAAGCUUAUCAGGACUACAUGCUUGGAGAUUGCAAGCCCUCAGAGGUACAAGCCUUCAUAGCAGACUACCUGGACAAGGUGAUGGAGCCAUGCGAAUGGUUGGCUUUAUGGUGCACUGACGUCUUCGAUGUUCUGGUGGAGGUGCAAGAUUUGGACCUAAAGGAUCUGAAAGCUUGUGUGAAACUCGUGCUGCCGCUGCAGUGCGACACCAGAAACUGUGAAAUCACUGAGGAGGCCAUGACUUCUCUCCUCGAAGCCACCAAGCAAAAAGUGCCCCUGCUGGAGCUGCAGGUGGUCUACGAUGAGUCUGGAGACUUUGAUCAGACCGCUCUUGCUCUUGAGCACCUCAGGUUUUUUUACAAACACAUCUGGAGGCAGUGGGACGAGGAAGAYGAGGAUGACGACUUUGACUACUUCGUUCGUUGUGUGGAGCCUCGGCUCAGAUUCUACUACGACAUCUUGGAGGACCGAGUUCCAGCCGGCCUGGUGGCAGAGUACCAGUCCUUACUGGAAAACUGCUCCAAGUGCUUCCAGCAGUUUUCGGAGCUGCGCAGCAGCCUCUGCGUUGACUCGGACUCUGAGCUGGACAACGUGUCCAUGGUGGAGGGCCUAAAGCUCUGCGACUAUCUGGAGACAUUCAAACGCAAACUGCACAUCAUCGAGAACCCCCUGCUGAGGUACGUGCUGGCCUACAAAGGAAACUCCCAGCAGCAGCGCGUACAGAGCCGUGGACUCAGAGCUUCAGGUGUGAAGGUGGUCCACGUGGUGACGGGAUCCUGCAGCAUCAUCCAGCUCCAGUCCCUCCUCGGUACACGACUGAUGUCCCUGUGCUCCUCGGAGGACACCGAGAUUCAGUUCCACACAGAGCCAGUGUCAGCUGUGGAUGCAUGUCAUCAGGGCGACGUGGUGAUCAUUCUUCCAGGAGUCUACAGUGUCAGCAAGCCCAUCUUCAUACCAGACUCCAUCACCAUUGAAGGUUUUGGGUUUCCCGAUGAAGUUGUGAUUGAGAAAAUAGCCAAAGGUGACUCGUUUGUGGAAUCCACAGGAGCUGAUGUCAGACUGUCCAACAUUAAGUUCAUCCAGCACGAUGCCAUUGAAGGCAUUCUGUGCGUGCGUCAGGGCACUCUGAACAUGGAGAACUGUGUGCUGCAGUGCGAGACCACCGGUGUGACCGUGCGGACAUCUGCGCGCCUCACCAUGAACAUGUGUGACCUGUACGGCUCCAAGGGGGCCGGUGUGGAGAUUUACCCCGGCAGCGUUUGCAUGCUGGUUGGUAACGGCAUCCAUCACUGCAAGGACGGGAUAUUGAUCAAGGACUUUGCCGGUGAGAUGGUUGGGAUGCCAGCCAUCACCAUGGAGAACAAUGUGAUCCACAACAACGAAGGCUUCGGUGUGAUUCUGGUGAAACCAGGAAAUGAAGAACAUCAGGUUCCUGCUGACAGGACUGAAGAAGACGCGGCUGCAGACAAGCAGCAGGAGGGCAUCACAGAUCCACACUCCACGUUAACCUCUACCAACAGCAGCUCGGCCUCUGUCCAGACCGGGUCAGCAGACUCCAGCARCGCCGACGGAGAUGCGGCCUCCGUCUCAGGCAGGAAGUGGCAGCUCAGCCGUCAGCUGAGCCGAAACAAGGAGGCGUCCUGCAGCCGAGCCGUCCAGGAUCUGAUGGAGCACCAGAUCUUCGUUUCUGUUCAGGGGAACCAGUUCAAACGGAACGGCAGGGGGGACUUUGGUGCCUUUUUUUACUGACUGAGAUUCGACAUUCUGAAAGCAGUACCAGUGGUGCGAUUAACAGUGAUUUUCUUACUUUGUGAGCAGAAAUUGUUUUUGAUAGCCUGGUGUUCUCUUCUGUCGUAAAGUAGAUACAACCUUUUAAAAUUGUAUUUUGAUUGACAGAAGACAGGAAGUAUUCAUCUGUUGUAUUGCAGUGCUCUGACCUUUUUAAGCAUUCACUGAUGGAAAAUGUAUUCUACUUUUGACUUUGCACAAAUUAUUUUAUGUAAUUUAUUAAUUUUGUUUUUCUGUAUUUUUUUUAAUGCUUUGAUUAAAAUGUCACAUUUUAAUUAGUUUUGGGGGGUGGAACUUUAGAUCUUGUAAAUGUUCUCGAGUUCUUUGACUUGUUAGUUACAAAUCAGUGUGGGGUAAGUUUUGGAUUUUCAUUCGGUGGCUUCACGACUACUUGUAGAAAGUGUUAAAUUUAUGCAUUUUAUGCAGAUUAAAAUGUUUUUUUGAAACGUAA